UUGGUGACAUUAGACCAUGUAAUAGGCGGUUUAGAUUUAUACAAAUUCGAAUUAACUUUAUGGUCUAGAUAGCUCUAUUUUAGAGAAAAUAUUUUUAAAAAGUUAUAACUAAUUUGUUAACUUUUUUUUUUACUAAAUCUUUAUCUUUUUUGCAUAAAGUAUUUUAAAGACUUCAAGAGUUUACGACCAUAAUGUAUCGACUUGUUGCCUUUGGGUUGUUAGGAAUAUUUGGAUUGCUAUUCAUAAAUCUACCAUGGCUAUUAACUGUUGCUUGCGUUUCUGUUCUGUAUCUUAUAACUGGUGGUUGGAAAUGGGUUCGAUUAUUUUAUUUGACAAUUGGGCGUGAUAUAAAAAUAGCUAAAGUUAUUUUAGGUAUAGAGAUUAAUGCACGAAAAUUACUUAGGCAAAAAAAGACAAUAGCAGAUAUUUUUCAAGAAAAUGCCGCCAAAAACCCUGAUAAGUAUAUAUUUGAAUCAAUCGACACUGGAGAAAGGAUAACAUAUAGGCAAGCUGCUGUCUUAUCUAAUAAAAUGGCAAACAUAUUUUUCGAAGCUGGCUAUAGAAAAGGAGAUGUGGUUGGGUUGCUGAUGGAAAACUGUGUUGAAUAUAUACCUAUCUGGAUAGGACUCACUCAAAUAGGUAUUGUUGUCAGUUUAAUGAAUUACAAUUUGCGUGGAGAAAGCUUAAAACAUUGCUUUGUCAGUGCUGAGUGCAAAGCAGUAAUCUAUAGUUUAGAAAUGGAUGCUGUUCUUUCUGGAAUAUCUUCACAAAUGAAUAUAGAGUACUACUGUUAUGGCAGCAAAGUAAGCUCUAUAAAUAAUUCCAAACAUUUGAAUACACUUUUAGCUUCUGCAGCAGAAUAUGCACCACCAAAACCUUUAGACUUAUCUCUACAAGAUAAAAUAAUUUUUAUAUUCACAUCUGGUACUACUGGAUUACCUAAAGCAGCUGUUAUUAGAGGCACUAGAUUUUAUUUUAUGGCUUCAGGUAUUGGUGGAAAUAUUAAUGCAACUUCAGAGGAUAAAGUAUACAACACAUUACCAAUGUACCAUAGUAAUGGCGGUAUUGCUAUAGCAUGUUUUCCCAUUUUAUUUAGCGCUACAAUGAUCAUUCGCAAAAAAUUUUCUGCAAGUAAAUUUUUUGAAGAUUGUUAUAAAUCAGAGGCAACAGUAAUUAAUUACAUUGGCGAAACGUGUCGAUAUCUAUUGGCAACCCCAGUUGUAUCAUUUGAGUCACAGCACAAGGUCAGAGUUGCAGUAGGAAAUGGAUUGCGAGCAUCUAUAUGGACACAAUUUACAUCCCGUUUUAAUAUUCCUCUUAUAGCAGAGUUUUAUGGAUCUACAGAGGGAAAUGCAAAUAUGAUUAAUGUGUGUAAUCGUGUCGGUGCAGUUGGUUUUAGUUCAGUGCUCUUACCACGAGCUUAUCCAAUCAAGUUAGUGAAAGUUAACAAAGAAACAGGUGAAAUUAUACGUGGUUCAAAUGGGUUAGCAGUUUCUCCACAAUGUGGAGAGCCUGGUGAGCUCUGUGGAAAAAUAAGAAAAGAUGUUGUAGGGCAGUUUGAUGGUUACCUUAAUAAAGAAUCUACACAGAAAAAAAUAGCACAUGAUAUUUUUUCUAAAGGCGAUUCCGUUUUUAUGACUGGUGAUGUUCUUAUUCAAGAUGAAGAAGGGUUUUUUUACUUUCAAGAUAGACUUGGUGAUACAUUUAGAUGGAAAGGUGAAAAUGUAUCAACAAACGAGGUGGAAGGAAUAAUGACAAAUCUUCUGAAUAUGACUGAAGUUUGCGUUUAUGGAGUAGAAAUUCCAGGAAAUGAUGGUAAAGCUGGUAUGGCAAUUAUAAAUGAUCCCAAUCGCAAGGUUAACAUUGAUAGUCUACCACAGCAGCUUGGAUAUAGUCUUCCUGAGUACGCUCGUCCAGUUUUUAUUCGACUCUCUCAUCAGAUUCCGAAGACUACUACGUUUAAGUUUCAAAAGGAGCCAUUAAGAGAUGCAGGUUUUAAUCCAAGUAAAUGCUAUGAAACAGAUAGUUUGUUUUAUUUUAGUAGCAAAGAUAAAAAGUAUAUUCCACUUGACAUGAAAGUUUAUCAAAAUAUACUUGAUAUGAACAUUAGGUUUUAGCAUUUCGAUUUUCUAGUAAACAAUUUAGAUGUGGUUGUAUUUUAUAUGCUACAAGGAUAACUUUUUUUAAAUAAUACUUUCAAAACAAUAGAUAAUGUUUUUCAAAUUUGCCGCCAACGAUGAACUUACAACGAACAACGAAUUAUAAUAACGCCUAAUUCGAGUCGAUACAAAAAAAGUUUUAAAAACUCUUAAUUCGAUUCAAUACAAAUAGAAUUUUAAUAACGCUUUAUUUCUAUACAAGAUUCUAUACAAAAAGAAUUUUUUAACCUUAUUUAAGCCAUUUACAGUUUUAGUUUUUUUAUUAUAUUUAUUUGAUUUCUAUUUCGUUUGUAAGCAUUUUUUUUUUAUUGUUUUUUACUUUGUUUUUUGCUUUAGUAUUUUUUAUUUAAAUAUUUUGGUAUUAAAUACAUUUUGAAAAAAUUCAUUUUUUUUAUUGUUUGUUACCAAAUUUUGAUGAAUAUAUUGUUUGUAUUUUUAACAGUGCGUUGUUAAGUGUAUAACAACAGUUCAUCAUUUAUCUGCAAUUUUUUAAUAAUCCAAGAAUGAGAGUGCAAGAAAAAAUA